AUGUUUGUUGGAUUUAGUUAUUAUGUAUUUUGGAAUUAUUGUGUGGAUGACUAUUUGAGAAUUGGUGAAUCCACGACACUAAAAUGUGUUGAUAAGUUUACAAGAGGUGUGAUUAGUGUAUUUGGGCCACAAUACUUGCGAAAGCCAACCACCGAAGAUAUUGAACGUCUACUGCAGAUGGGGGAGGCACGUGGUUUUCCAGGGCAAUAUGUUCGAGGUGAUCAUGGUAAACCCACUGUUAUGCUUGAAGCAGUUGCUUCACAAGACCUAUGGAUUUGGCACGCAUUCUUUGGGGUAGCGGGUUCAAACAACGAUAUCAAUGUGUUGAACCAACCUGAUGUCUUCAACAAUGUUAUGCAGGGGCGAGCUCCUGAGGUCCAUUUUUCAGUUAAUCGUACAGAAUACAACAUGGGGUAUUAUCUAUCAGAUGGCAUUUAUCCUGAAUGGGCAACAUUUGUGAAAAGCAUCCCAAUGCCACAAGGGGAUAAGAGAAAAUUAUUUGCCCAACACCAAGAAGGUGCUCGAAAGGAUAUCGAACGAGCGUUUGGAGUUCUCCAAUCCCGAUUUGCGAUCAUACGUAACCCAGCUCGAUCUUGGCACUUGGAUGCACUUAAACAUAUAAUGGAUACGUGCAUCAUAUUACACAACAUGAUUGUUGAAGAUGAACGUGCAACAUAUGGUGGAACCUUUGAUUAUUCUUAUGAUCAUCUAGGCAAUGGCCCGACUGCACCACCAGAUGAUUCUAAUAAUGAUUUUCAAGAGUUCUUGCGUAGAAGACACAAUGUUCGCGAUAAGCAAAUUCAUCGACAACUUCAACAAGACUUAAUAGAACAUAUAUGGGAACGUUUUGGGCAUGAGAAUAUUCACAUCUAG